UCACCUUGACCGUGGACACCCGCAAUGGCGGCGGCGGGCAGCAGAGUGUUGGAGCAGUUCAAUCUUUGUACACUGACAGCACAUCAUGCAGCCUGCCCAUACCGUCCUGCUCAUUCUUCUUGCCGGGGGUUACGUUACAUCACUUAAACCUGCUUCCGAGUACUUCAAGAUAUGUCACAGAAGUGAUCCAGAACUGUCAACAUGUAUCAAAAACAGCAUCGAAACUCUGCGUCCCAGUUUGGUCAAAGGUAUUCCAGAACUCAAGCUGGUCCCUCUUGAUCCUUUAUUCAUCCCGAAGCUGGAAAUGCAGGAUGGACAAGGAAACUUCAAGUUCCGCCAAACACUUACAGAUCUCUACAUUCACGGCCUGAGGAAUUUCGAGAUACAAAAUAUUACCGUGGACUUGGACAAGAACGUGAUGAGUAUGAAAUGCUUCACGAAGACCAUUGAUUUCGAGGGUGACUACGAGAUGGCGGGCAAAAUAAUGAUGCUUAAUCUUAAGGGCAAAGGCAGGGCCUCUCUUAACUUCACUGAUGUAACGACUACUGCCUUUAUCCAGAAUGAAGACUUCCAGAAGAAUGGCAUGGUUUUUACCAGAGUGGAAAGCCUCAAAUGGAUCAUCGAACCUCAACAUGCCAAGUUCCACUUUACCAACCUCUUCAAUGGCGACAAGACACUGGGUGACGCUACUAACAGAUUCCUCAACGAGAAUUGGAAGGAGGCGUUUAAAAUUUACAGGAAUCUCCCAGAAGAAGCUUUUGGUACCUUGAUAAAAGAUUUGGCCAAUAAGGUCUACACUUUGUUUCCAAGAAAUGAAUUGUAUCCAGAAUAAUUGUGGAAGUAAAGGCAAUAGUUUUAUUAAAAAUAAAAUCUCCAA